AUGUCAGGAAAAACGCUCGAAAAAGAGGCCGAUACGGCCGUCUGCCAUUCGACCUCUUCGUUUCGGUCAGAGCGUUGGGAUCGCGAUACCGCGGAAGACAGUCAGGAACAGUGGGAGCGACUCGUCUGGGAAUGCCAGAAGCUGACGCUAAUCGAACGCUGGCCGUAUCAGCUCCGUGCCGAAUUCGAGUCCACUCCGCCGUACUCUCCGCCUGAAAACGGCGAGGAGAUUAGACGCGUUCACGGCUGGCAGACCGUCUGGCUGCGGACAUGCUACGACCCGGAUCUCGCGAGCAAAUACGAAGAGAUGAAACAGAGAUCCGAAGUGCCUGGAUCAGGCGUCCCAGAGGACAAGGUCCUGGGACCAUGCCUGCUACAAUUUCGACGACGGCAGCGAGGACUCAUGGCGUCGAGUGCUGGUGUUAACCUGUUGGACCGAGAGGCCAUUGAGUCUGGAUUGAUUAGAAUUCUCUGGCUCGAUGAGCAUGGGAAUAUCGUCUGGGAUAACCGGCUGGACCCCUUUAGGACCAACUUGGACGGCUUAGCAGGAGCACUCCUCAGCUCUAUCACUUUGGGGGAAUUGGCCAACUGGAACGGCACCCGCGGGGCUGAGGUUAUUCGCUAG